GGGCGGGGUCUAGAAUGGGGGCGGGACUUCCUUCCCAACGCAAAGGCAUGCGUGAGCGCAAGCCCCUCCCCGGAACUGCGGUGGACUCGGCCGAGGAGGGCUGGUGCAGCAGUGUGUGAGGUGGUUGGUCGGCGUCCCUCUACGGAUCUAUUUUUCUCGGCCUUUCUGAAAAGGGAGAACGUGGCUCGAGUUCCAGUCUGACGACUUGUGCAUAGAUCACUUGUUUUUAAAUCACUUAAAAGCAACCAUGAAGCUGAAAGAGAAAAAAUCGAGGCCAGAGCCACCAAACUAUGGCAGAAUUCAGAGGAAGGGCAUCAGAGUUGUGGGAAAAUGGAAGCAGGUGAAGAUUGACCCAAAUAUGUUUGCAAACGGACAGAUGGAUGACUUGGUGUGCUUUGAGGAACUGACGGAUUAUCAGUUGGUCUCCUCUGGGGAGGGUUCCUCCAGUCUCUUCUCAAAGGAGGAGCCCAAGAAGAGAAAGUCACAAGCUGUUUCAGAAGGAGAGGAGGAAGGAGAGUCUACCUCCUCAAAGAAGAAGAUGAAGUUGAAGAAGAGUAGAGCUGUGGAAACUGAAGGAAGCAGUGCCCAGAAAGUGUUUGAGGGCAAAGAUACUGAGCCAGGGCCCCAGGGAGAUGGCACAGUUUGUCCUGAUCCAGAGGUAGGGGAGAUGGCAUCAGAAAGCCCGGCCCAGACGGUUCCAAAAAAGAAGAACAAGAAAGGGAAAAAAAAAUCAGAGCCUCCCCAGGGUACUACUCCAAAGGUGCCCAAAAGAGCAAAGACGUGGAUGCCUGAAAUGCGUGAUCGCAAGGCAGAUGUAUCAGCUUGGAAGGAUCUGUUUGUACCCAAGCCAGUUCUCCGAGCGCUCAGCUUCCUAGGCUUCUCUGCGCCCACACCAGUCCAAGCUCUGACCUUGGCACCUGCCAUUCGUGACAAACUGGACAUCCUUGGGGCUGCUGAGACAGGAAGUGGGAAAACUCUUGCCUUUGCCAUUCCAAUGAUUCAUGCGGUGCUGCAGUGGCAGGUGAAGAAGAAGCCUAUCCCAGCUCUAAGUAACACAGGAGCACCACUUGGGGAGACCAGUAAUGAGGCUGGCGUUGAGACAGGAUCACCAGGCAGGGCUGGAACUGAGUCUGGAGCUUUGCCGUUGAGAUUGGAAGCACUGCCCAGGGAGGCUGGAGCGAAGGCUAGAGCACCACGCAGCCAGGCAAGAGCCAAGAUUGGAGCUACAGUCUCAAACCAGGUGCUGCCCUCCUGUGAUGAUGCUGAUGAUGAUGCCGGUGAAGGACCUUCUUCCCUGAUCAGGGAGACGCCCAUUCCCAAACAGGAUGAAAACAAGGAGGACAAGCUUGAUGAAGAGCAGACUAGAAAGUUCAAACAAGAAUUGGGUGGCAGAAUUGCACAUCCAAGGCGUCCUCUGCUUGGACUGGUUCUGGCUCCCACUCGAGAGCUAGCCGUUCAAGUCAAACAACACAUUGAUGCUGUGGCCAAGUUUACAGGCAUUAAAACUGCUAUUUUGGUUGGUGGAAUGUCCACACAGAAACAGCAGAGGAUGCUGAACCGUCAGCCUGAGAUUGUGAUUGCCACUCCAGGCCGGCUGUGGGAGCUAGUUAAAGAAAAGCACCCUCAUUUGAGCAACCUUCGGCAGCUCAGGUGCCUGGUGGGCGAUGAGGCUGACCGCAUGGUUGAGAAAGGCCACUUUGCUGAGCUCUCAAAGCUGCUAGAGAUGCUCAGUGAUUCCCAGUACAACCCAAAGAGACAGACACUUGUUUUUUCGGCCACGCUGACCCUGGUACAUCAAGCUCCUGCUCGAAUCCUUCACAAGAAGCACGCUAAGAAAAUUGACAAAACUGCCAAACUUGACCUCCUCAUGCAGAAGAUUGGCAUGAGGGGCAAGCCCAAGGUCAUCGACCUUACAAGAAAGGAGGCCACGGUAGAGACACUUACAGAGACCAAGAUCCAUUGUGAGACUGAUGAGAAAGACUUAUAUCUGCACUACUUCCUGAUGCAGUAUGCAGGCCGCACCUUAGUGUUUGCCAACAGUAUCUCCUGCAUCAAACGCCUCUCUGGGCUCCUCAAAGUCCUGGAUAUCAUGCCACUGACCCUACAUGCCUGCAUGCACCAGAAGCAGAGGCUCAGAAACCUGGAGCAGUUUGCCCAUCUGGAGGAUUGUGUUCUCCUGGCAACAGAUGUGGCAGCUCGGGGCCUGGAUAUUCCUAAAGUCCAGCAUGUCAUCCAUUACCAGGUAGGGACAUCAGGGAAUUUGUAGGCAUCUCCCAGCAUUGAGUGGGGAAUUUUUAAAGCAAGGGUUGAGGGAGGAGGAAUUGUUGGUCCCAAGGCCUCACGCAACAGAGAAUACCACGAGCAUCUAGUGACCAACUGGCUGCUGCCACUUUUGGAACACUGUGGUGAGAGUUAUUCUCCAAAACCUCUUGACACUGUCUGAUGUCAAAUAUCUGAUAGCCCCUUUCUUUUUGAGUUGGGCAGGCUACUUAGUAUUGGCAGGUUAGAGUCUUAGUUUCUUCCAUGAAAUGGGCAUCAUAAGUUUAGCAUGUAAAAUGAUUACCCUGCUUGUAGAGAAAUAAAAGAGUGUGGUAAUUAAGUCCUGCCUGGGCUUAAAUCCCAGCUGUGUACCCUUGAGCAAGUUAUUUAGUGUCUUUGUGCCUCAAUUUUUUCAUUUGUUAAAUGGCAGUUAUUACAGUAUCGACUUCUUAAGUUCUUAUUAAGGUGAAAUAAGUUAUUACGUGUGAGGAGUUUAGAAAGCCAGGUGGCACUUCCUAAAUGUUAGCUGCUGUUGAUCCUGACAUUAAUAUCAGCACAUGUACCUGGUAAAGAUUAGCAUAGAGUGGUGGUUAGGCAUAUGGGCUCCGGGACCACACUUCCAGUGUUUGAAUGCUUCUUGGCUGCUGCUUAGUGGGUGAGCUUUCGGCAUGUGACUUAGUAUGUCUGGUUUCAGUGUCAUCAUUUGUAAAUUGGGAGUAAUAACGCUACCUACGCCAUAGGGUAAUCACCGAAUUAAACGAGCUAAUGCUGACGGAUCGCAUAAAUAAAUAAAGUAAAAUAAAGACUCUUCACUGCAUAAUGACCGAGGGAUCAAUCCUAGACGAAGAUAUAACAAUUGUAAAUAUUUAUGCCCCCAACAUAGGGGCAACUCACUACAUAAGGCAAAUGCUAAGGGCCAUGAAAGGGGAAGCUGACAGUAACACAGUCACAGUAGGGGACGUUAACACCCAGCUGGCGUCCUCGGCAGCCUCACUACCUGCAGAACUUCUGACACUGCUCUUCCUUCCCAGACAGUGACCUCGCAGGGUAGGCAGGGCCGUAGGAGGUGGGGGAGGGGAGAGAGCAA